CGUCAACAAUCUUUGACAAUCGAUUUCUGAUUAUCGAUUUUUGCAGUUGAUUUUCUAAUACCUACACGCGAUCUUUCGUCACGUGAUUAGGCCUCCCCUUACACACGUGGCACACACACAUUGACUUCAAACACGUUGUUCCUUGAGCCAUGGCCUCUCGAUCUUCUCUGUCUGCUAGCGACAUCCAGAAGGCCAAGGAAGCAAUGGAAGUCCUUGGGCGUCUUGUUGAUAGUGCUGGUCCGUCGGGAGCUAGAAAUGAUCCUUCUACUUCCAGUAUUGGAGAUGAAACCAAGAAAGUUGUAGGACUCGCAGAUGAUGCAAUGGAUGUGCUUAGAAGAAUGAAAGCUGGUGUGAAGGCUGAGCAAGUUAGGGCCACCAAAAGACAAUCCAAACAAGAAGUAACUAAGCUCUUCAAUUAUGCCACUCCUGCAAAGCGCAAGAAGAAAGUAAAGGCUUCCACUGAGUGGAAACAUAAGUUCUCUUGUUUGGCCUAUCGCGGGCAGAUACGUAUUCCUACUACGGAUGUGGAAAAAGAUGAUCUUUUGCAAGCAGGGCUAGGUGAAAAAGAGAUUUCUUUCCAUGACAUGAAUGCCAGUGCCGAGGAAUUUCGAGAUAUUAUCUGUGGAGAGUUCCCUCAAUUGAAGAAAGCGGGAGGUUUUCAACUAUGUAAAUGCAAACCAAAUUCAAGAGAGCUGGAAAUACUGUCUACAUUUGCUCACGAUUGCCCUGGAAACUUGAAACAGAGAGUAGGCAAUGCGAAGACGUACAUUCGUCCCCUUCAGAAAGAUAUGGACCUUAGUGUCGUCUUUAACCUUCCAGAUGGGCCUGAGGAUGAGUGUCUCACUUGUGGUACCUAUUUGCCACUCAUGGAGCUAGAAAAUCAUGUGAAAGAGUGUGAAAAAGCUUACAGUGAUUCCAAACAACAAAAGCAGCCCAAGAAUGAGGACAAGGCAAAAUGUGAGGUUAUUGAUGUUGAUGAGACAAGUCCAUCACCUGUCCUCCCUGAAGUGCAUUUUGUGACCCAUGAGAAAAGUCCAUCACCUGUCCUCCCUGAAGUGCAUUUUGUGACCCAUGAGAAAAGUCCAUCACCUGUCCUCCCUGAAGUGCAUUUUGUGACCCAUGAGAAAAGUCCAUCACCUGACCUCCCUAAAAUACAUUUUGGCAAUCACUAUGAUAUGGAAGAGGAAAUGGUGCAGGCUGCCAUGCAACAAAGCUUAACUGCUUCUGAUUAUACUGCUUCUUCACUAUUGGGAAAAUUUUUCUCGUGGAAAGUCCAGAAAAAUGAUCCUCUUUGUCUUGACAUUCGGCGGGAAUUUGUGGUUUGUGAUGCGAUACGUGAAGCCAAAAAAAAGAAAUUCUCUGUCAAUAAGUUAGUGAAAGUGACGUUUGUUGGGGAAGGAGCAGUAGACAGUGGUGGCCCACGAAGAGAGUUUUUUCGCUUGUUGGCGUCAGAAGCUUCAAACACGCUCUUCAUUGGAAAUGUUACAGCAAAGUUUUUUGUAAUGAAUGCUCAAGCUCUUCAGAGUGAACACUACAAGUUUCUUGGGCAGUAUACUGUCAUGAGCAUAUCUCAGGGAGGUUGCGGCAUGCCAUUUAUGGCUACUCCCGUGUAUGAGUACAUCUCCACUGGGAAAUUGUCAGCGUCAGUCCAAGUGCCACUUCACUGUAUUCCAGAUCCAACUCUCAAAUUCAUUCUUGAAAAGGUUGAGGAUGCUGAGAAUGAUACCGAGAUACAAGUGACUUGCGCCAUUGAUGAAGCACAGAGCAUGCUCUUAGAGGCUGGGUUCUCAAAGCCAUUCACAAAACUCACACUGGAGGAUAAGAGCAACGUAUAUUCAGUAUUGAUCAACUACCACUGCAUGACGAAAGUCAAAGCGGCAAUGGACCAGUACAUUGAUGGGUUGGAGAGUCUUGAUGUUCUUAAGUCAGUGCGGAAGGAACCAGGCAAAUGGAAAGCAUUUUUUGUCGAUGAUGGUGUCAAGGUUGAUGCUGCAUAUCUGAAACAUGAGCUGGUUUGUCUCUUCUCUGAAGAUGGGUCUAGCCGCUUACCAGCUGAGAAGCAAACAUACAUUUAUUUUGUUGACUUCCUGGAUGAAUGUGAUGGGUCCAGUCGAGUUCCACCAACUGGAUUUAACCCAAGACCGAGUGUAAUGUUCGUCCAUGACCAGCACCGCCCCCUGGCAACUGCCUCAACAUGUGAACUUCAAAUACGCCUUCCUGUGUGUCAUGGAAGCUAUGCUACCUUUAAGGACGCUAUGAUUCUCUCCAUGAAAUCAAAUGAUGGUUUUGGUGGGCCAUAAGGACAGUAAAUCAUCUCAAGCUAUUAUGUGUUUUAUUCUUCAUUUAUCACUUGUUCAUUGAGUCAUUCUUAUACCUAUUGUUUCAGAUUUUGGACACCCUCACUAUAAUUUUUGAUGUGAGUGA